AUGGACCCUGCUGGCGCCAAGGAGGACGACAUCACUGCUCUACCCAAUGACGUCCGCGGCACCAUCAUCUCCAUGUUCCACAUCUAUGACGCCAAAGACAUAUAUACAAGCCAUAUCCCAGGGUGGAAACGCCUCUGGCACGAAUCCAUCCCGCUCAACCUUGAUGACCAUGACCUCCAGAAAAGGGUGUGGGGAGAAAACCUAGUCGACCUCAUCUCGGACAUCCUCAAGGCUCCACGCCAGCCCCUCGAUCCCCCAGAUCCGAUCGAGGCAUGCCCCGCCGCCACCCCCACCCACCCCCCGCUGAUCCACCCUCCUCCUUCUUUCUGCAACCCAUCGCCGGCACCGCAGCCUCGUCUCCACAGCGCCUCCGACGACCGCGCCCGGAGAUGUCGACGGCGAAGCCCCGCCCCACCGCCACCCGCGGCGGCCCCGCCCCCGCCGCCAACCGCGGUGCACCCGCACCCGCCCCCCGCAGCCCGCGGCCGUCUCCGCCGCCCCCGCCGCCCCGGCCGCCGCGACGAAGCCCGACGUGCAGCUGCGCAAGCCCGUCUUCACCACCAUCGACAAGCUGCUGCCGCAGACGCACGACCACACCCUCACCGCGCGCGUCCUCUCCGCCCGCCCGCCGCCCGCACCCGCGUCUCCGAGUGCCUCGUCGGCGACCCCACCGGCACCGUCCUCUUCACCGCCCGCAACAACCAGAGGAAGCGCCCGCUUGAUCCCCCCCUCGCCCGUCUCAUCUGUUCUGCUUUGCUUGCCACCAGAGGACAAGGGCGUCAUGGCCAACCAAGGCGCAUGGUGCUCGCAAGCGACGAACGGAGGCUGUUUGACAUCGGCACGGAGGAGGAGGACGGGCACGGACGGAGGACAGAGCACCUCUCUUCUUCCAGGUUCUUCUCCUUAUCUUCACUUAAUGUAUGUGCCUAUGCUGCAGCUCACCCAUGGUCUUGUUUGUCCUGCAGGUUAGUGAGCAGCUUCAGGAGGAGCUCAAGCACGACCACCAAGAGGCACCACCGCAGCAACAGGGAGACUGUGGAAGGCAUGUUGUAUUUCUGUUAGCCCAGUCCUGACUAUGUCUGUCCAUGAGUCCGACAUUUGAUCGCUGUUGAAGGAGCUCCAUGCUGAAGAAGAAAACACUUGUAGAGCUUGUAACAUUACUUGGAGAGCUUGUAAAGUACUGUAGAGCUUUGCAUUUGUAGAGCUUGUAAAGCAUCGUAUACGUUAGAGCUUGUAUUACGUGUCAUUUGUAGAGCUUGUAGUGAAUUUGGCUAUUGUUAUUUGAAUAAUUAUGUGUGUUUUCUGCUUGCC